UUUGCAGAAAGGCAGAGCGUUUCUUCCUCACCAGUUUACAAUGUUUGUUUUUUGGUUGAUUUCGGUUAAAUUUCAUAAGGUUUUAUUUUAUUUCAUUCCUCAUUUUAUUCUUGUUGUAGUGAAAGCAGAGCAGCUGUUACCGGAUGGAGGAUGGUCUUCAGAUCCAGGCUACAGUUUACACGAUGAAGUUCCUUGUAACAUUGAUGUCGUGGAUGCGUCUGUACUUUCACAUCACCAGUUCAUCCAACACUAUGGGUACAACAAACCCGUCAUCAUCAGAGGUCUGACAGAUAACUCGAAAUUCAGGUUGUUGUGCUCCAAGUCGGACUUACUCAAAAAAUAUGGUGACUGGAAAGUCAGGCUCAGCACAGCUAACACUUACUCUUACAGGAAAGUGGAUGUCCCCUUCCAAGAGUACGUGGAGCUGUUACUGAGACCUCAGUCCAUGGACGUCCUCGGCAGUGACACACUUUAUUUUUUUGGAGACAACAACUUCACAGAGUGGCAGAGUUUGUUUGAGAGCUACAAGUCACCACCGUACAUCCUGCCUCACACCGCCGGAGCGUACAGCUUUGGAAUUGCAGGCCCUGGUACAGGCGUUCCUUUUCACUGGCAUGGACCCGGAUACUCUGAGGUCAUCUAUGGCAGAAAGGUGCUGUAUUUUCCGGACCACUGGUGGCACGCCACUCUCAAUCUGGACACCAGCGUUUUUAUCUCCACUUUUCUCGGCUGAACUCUGAGCACAUCUGUGAGCCUGAGGAACUCAUUUUCCUCUUCAGUAAUCCAGUCACAUUCCAGCUGUGUCUUUCCAGCACAGCUCUGAUGUCUUCAUUCCAUCUAGUUUUUUAGUAAUCUGCUUCCUUUAAUAUUUUUAUGUGGGGUUAGUGUUUAUUUUUAUUUAUUUUUUCUUUUACCUUGCUGCUUUUGACACCCAGGAAAAGUGACGGUGCUAACUCCUCUCUGAUUUAUCCCAUUUGGAUUGGAAGCAAUUUGGGAUUCAGUGUCUAACACUUGAAAAUUUUCACACAGGGAUCCAUCUACCAACCUGCUCUCCACCUGAGCUAUGAUCACAGGACUGUUGCCAUUCGUGUAACAUUUAAUUCAGACACACGUUACUCUGCAGGAAGUGUUUUAACUCUGUGAUGUCAUAAACAUAAAAUACACAUAACAGCACAAUAAAGAAGAGAACGGCAAAGUGUUGUGAUGCAGAAUAUUAAAGAACUUACAUAUAAUUCCCAGAGUACUUUGACAUCUUAUGAAGUCUGAACAUUUAAGUGAUCCAUUUAAAGGUGGAAACUGUGUCACACCAAUUUUGCACUGAAGUACUGUCAACUCUAAGACAUUACAAUAAGUAAUUAUGUAAUACUUUAAAAAAAUAUACAGUCUUAUAAUGACAGAAUAAGCCAUAUGUCAAACAAACAGACUUUCAGGACAUGUUGGCAUUAUUUCCUGAACUAAAAUUACUGUACACAAUUAAGAUAUAGUACUACUAAAGAUACAAUUGAUAGAAAAAUAAUUAUUUUAUGCAAUUAAGUGGGGGGGGAAAAGGCAGAUUUUGAAUUGUUCUGGAUUCAAGUGUGAAAGAGUUCUGUUUUUUGUCAAUUUUGACAAAUUGAUUUUUAGCAAUUAAGGCUUGUUUCACAUCUCUUAAACUGGUUUAAAGCAGUUAUUAUACACUGAAAUGACUAACUUGCUUGAAUGAGAAUCUUGUUUUAAAAAUAGUUGUAGACAAAUAGGUUGUAGUGCUUUUAAAUCAGGAUUACCCUGGAUUAAAUGUUGAACAGCUGUUUAUGGCUGUACGCCAACAAUAACUGAAUGACAGCAAAUAGUGAUCUUCAGUUUUACAAUAUUUUUUUAACAGAUUAACAGAUCUACUCCGUGGCCCCUUCACUGCCACUGUACUUCAACUCUACAAAAACAAUUUCAUCGUUUACCCACAAAUUUGUGCUGGUAAAUUGUUCAUAAUGUGUCUCUAAACACAUUUUACCAAUUGCCUUUACCAGCUUCAGCCCAGGUUUACUUAAACUGGACCCAGAAUCUUCUGAUGUAACAAAACCUCAGCUAUAUCUGAUUGAAACAAUUUGAUUCUUAAAGCUGCAGUGUGGAAUUGGUAAUAACUGGUUCUUUUCAAGAUUGUGGAUCACACAAAGCAAUGGUCACGUUCACGAAAUGAAAGGUUUUUUUCCUCCAGCAUUUGACAAUAUGACUCAAAAAGAAAAGAAAAAAAAAACUUAUUGAUUUGGAGCUUCAGAAACCCAAUUUAAAUUAAACCCCCACCACCCUGAAAAAUUCCAAAAAGAAACAACAACACAGAGAGAACACCACUUAAUGGCACUGAUUUUCUUCCAUAAAAAGUGCAAAAUGUCUUUUGUUCCUCCAGGUUUCAAUAGUCCUCCACCCAUCCGUUCUCCAAAA